AUGGCCGACACAGACCCUUCUGCGACCCUUGCGACCCUCUCGACUUCGCUGGACUCGCUCGAGACGGCCCUGGAACCCCUCCUCGCCAAACCGUUUGAUGAAGUCCUCGCGGACCAGGACCCGCUCGUGCAGGCGCGACUGCAGGUUCUGACGAGCUACGUGGUCCACGACUUGAUAUGGGUCUACCUCAAGACGGCCGGGAUCGAGCCAAGCACGCAUCCGGUCAUGCAGGAGAUUGAACGACUGAAAGGCUACUUUGGCAAGCUCAAGUCGGCGGAGCAGGGCGUCUCGCCGGACGGGCCCGCAGAUCGACCCCGAAUGCAACUCGACAAAUCCGCCGCCUCCCGCUUUAUCAAUGCCGCCAUCUCCUCUUCCCGCGCCUCUGUCGAUCCGAACUACACCGACGCCUCCGCUGCGGCUGGACCAAGCGGCACACAUACUCGCUUCACCGACGAGGAGCAGGAAGAAGUCGAGCGGUUGCUCGAGGACAAGGACGAGGACGAGGAUGACGAGGCGGAGGGUGCGAUGGACGUGGACAAGGCCGAGCACGUCAGUGUUGCUGCUGAGGAGGCGCCCGAGGAGGCGAGCGCGAAGACCAAGGGGAAGGCGAAGAGCGUGGGCGAGGCGAAGAAGCGAAAUGGGGUGGAUCCGUUUGCAGGUUACGACCAGCCCAGACCCGCGACGCCACAGGCCAAGUCUGGCACAGCUACACCCAAGUCGAGCGAGACGAAGCGGAGACGUUCGCAGGUCGAACCCCAUGCGGCAGCUUCUCCCGCGCUGUCCGGCACAUCGACACCAAGCGGCGAACUGUCGAAGAAGCAGCGGAAGAAGCUGAAGAUGAAGCAGGCCAAGGGCGAGGCAAAGUAG